AUGUUACCCCUCAAGAUAUUUGACAAUGUUAUCGGCAAGAUUGUGGAGGUAUGGGUUCCUCCUCUCAUUCCAGACCAAAUUAAUCCCGUUCCGCAGAUUGUGCUUGCUCAAGCGGAUCGUGACGAAGCAGUACUUGACCUUCUCCAGAAACUGGGUCAAGUUUACAGCUUCAUGAUUCAAGAUGAGAUCCUCAGUCAGAUUCCGUCGAUGAGCCCUAUUCUAGGACAGAUCUUUCAGCAAACCCUUGAAUGUGCCCAUUUUAUCAGGGAUUAUUCGGACAAGAAGAACUUCUGGGGAAAGACUCACAAAAAACGUCCUUUCGGAAACAAAUGA